UAUAAAACAUUACCAUGUUGAACACAGAGGCGAAAAUAAAGGAAAAACUAUAAAGAUAGAAAUGGGAGACAUACCGAAUUCAACGUCGAUGAGUACCACCAGUCAUCAACAGUCAUGGAACCUUAAUGGAGAUGCGGAGGAAAUACAACUGUACGAGACACAGUAUCCAAUCUCCGAAUGGGACCAAAAUCUAGAUUUGUUGCUGGAUGAGCUCCAGGAGAGUGUGUCGUCACCUCAACAAGCAAAAGGCAGGAAUCAAAUUACAACGCUCCCUACAAUCCCUGCAUCGCAACGCCAAUCACAAAAGAAAUCCGUCAGCUCUAGCACCAAGGUUCUCAGUAGCAGUCAAUUUCUUGCCUUGGCGGAAGAAGCCCUUCGGCAAACGACCAUUGCUCGUCGUUUACUCGAGUCCAUCGCUGAUGAACCGACAGCUUGUAGUUGCUCCACGGCUUGUAGUUGUUGGUAUAUACUGUACGUAAUUCGUUGAACCAUCGCUGUAGGUUACAGGUUCUCAAUCCAACACUGCAAAAUAAGUUCUUCAAUACUAAAACCAAAAAGAUAAGUUUGAGAACUUAAAACAAAACAUAAUAUAAAAGAAAUACCAUUUUGAAAUUAAGUUCACUCCAUUCCUCUACUGUAAAACUUUCAAGUAUACGUGAUAUAAUGUCUCUGAUUU